UUACGGGGAGAAGCGAUGCCCGGGUCCGUCGGUCGGUGUCGGCGGCAGCUGCAGUUGUCGAAGGCUGCGCCUGCCCUGGGGGAUGGGGAGCGGAAACCCAAUGAAGUUAUCAAAUUCCUGGAAGUCUACGAGCGCAGCUUCUGCAGGACUAUUGAGACCCUGGUGGACAUUUUCCAGGAGUACCCUGAUGAGGUGGAGUACAUAUUCAAGCCAUCCUGUGUGCCUCUGAUGAGAUGUGCGGGUUGCUGCGGCGAUGAGGGCCUAGAAUGUGUCCCUGUGGAUGUGUACAACGUCACAAUGGAGAUCAUGAGAAUUAAACCCCAUCAGAGUCAGCACAUAUCACACAUGAGCUUCUUACAGCACAGUAAAUGUGACUGCAGACCAAAGAAAGAUGUCAAAAACAAACAAGAAAAGUGGUCACAGAAACCCGCAUCUGAUGGUCCUUCCUUCAUACCCCAGACAUGGACCUUGCAUGACCCAUGGCCAUGGCAGUCAUUCCUAAUGCUUUUUCCUGAGUCAGGGAAGUCCUGUCAUGUCUGUCCUGCUGGAAUGGAUUCAAGGUGCAGCCCCUGUUCUCCCCUUCCCUCUUCCUGGGGUGUUUCUGGUUACUGCAAAUUGCUGGCUUUCUUCUAUUAUUAAUUUUUUUCUUGCUGCUUGAGUGAGUACUUGCUGGCUUCUUUCACAGCAGCUUUGGUAGAGCUCUGCUGGCUACAGGGAGAGGUGGAAGUAGAGGCCUGGUGGAGGCAGGACUAUUGCCAUGCAGGACGUGACACUGGUUUUGUUUGGGUGGGGACCUGGGAGGGUGUAAAGGGAGGUGGAUGUCCUAGCUGGGUCUCGGUGAAGGCUUUCCUGAGGGGUUUUUGAAUCUGAUGAGUUUGCUUUAGUGGCCUGAAGGAGGUUAAGUCACAACCUUCCCUUUUCUUCCUCUCCAAAGUAAAAAGGUUGUGGAAAGUAGAAAAAUAAGCUCUAAUCCUGCAGAAGUUGCAGAGAUGAGCAUAAAAUACAAAACAACAUUGAAAAGAAAGAUCUCUCUGAGCGAGAGGAUCAGCUGGACUGUGCAUGGCUGGGAAAGCAGCUCUGCCAUUUAGAGGUGCGGAGUUGGAGAGGAAGGAGUGAAUAUUUGGAGAUGAGGCUGAAUCUGAGACCGAGGGAGCAAACCAGGAGAGAGAGAGCUUUUUUCACCCCUCUCCUGGUGGUUGUAUGUUUCUAGCUGCCUUCCAGCCUCUCCUCCUCCCCCUGGAAAUCUGCUCCUGGCUGCAUCAGACUGCGUGCAGCCAACAGUCCUCUCUGCACAGGGCCGUGUCGGGGACAGUCGGUCUGUGUGGCUCUGUAGUUUGAAGGUGUGUGAGAGUUUGGUCUGUAUGAGCUCUGGUGAGGAUGGGGUGUGGGUGUAGCAGCCAGCUCAGACUGUGUUGCAUUCACUUUUCCUCUUCUAACAGCACCUUGCCUGCUCAUUGCUGGUUCUGCACUCCCCAGGGAAGGAAGGGAAGGGAGGGGAGAGACUGGUGUGCUUUGAUUUGUGCCGGAUUGAAAGUCUUGUUAUAUUGGUACCCCUCUCCUCCCUUCAGGUUGAUUUUCUUCCCCUCACCGUCUCCCUGUGACUCCUGCCUGACAUGUAGGGCAGAGCUGGGAUUGAGCUGAUGCUCUGACACUCGUUCCAGUGAGACGACUUGAACAGGGCCUAGGAGACACCCAUGGUGCUUUCUCUUCUGUCCCUCCAAUUCCCUUUGACAGCUCUCUCCCGAGGUGGGCUGCACCAGGGAACGAGGGAGCCUUUGCUGAACUGCCUCAGAGCUGGGACUCAUUUGCCUGACAAGCCCUGGUGCUUUGCCUAGGGCCUUCUCCUUGCAUGUCUCUCCCUUGCUCCUGUGCUAAUGUGGCUCAAGGAGCAGUACAGGCUCCAGCCUCCCUCGCUCCCUGUGCUCUCAAUGGCCCACAGAGAUCCAUGGUUAGUGUCCAGGACUGCAUAUCCUAGCCCCUGCCUGCUCAGCCCCUGCCCAGGAAUCAGAGGCAACUGGUGAAUUUUUCAGAAUGGAGUCAGCACCUUGGCUCCAUCUGCUUGUCUGUCUGGCAGGUCCAUGUGGACAGUGACAGGAGAGAAAGGAGGGAAGAACUGAAAUCUGCUUGCUGAUUAUCUCCUGGGUAAAAUAACUAGGUCAGGCCAUCCUCUUCCCCCUCUUUACUCUUCAGUACUCAGAAUAGAGGCUGCCAGAGGAGAUGGUAUGAACAUCCAAGUAAGGUCUCCUGGACUCCUCUGAACCACAGGCAGGAGGUGAGGUGGAUAAGCAAAGCCUUCAGGUUGGAUAGCUCCUCAGAGAUCAGAUCUCUUCCUUUGUCUGUGGAGUGCUCCUGUCCCAAGGCGGGAUUGCCACCCACCCUGCAGCAGAGCUAUUGGAGCUCAGCUGCCCCCUCCUAGGCCCAGUACUGUGCAGUGCAUCAGGUCAGAGUGGUUUCCUCUUCCUUGAAGAGAGCCCUUUCACUCAGGUUGCCUUUUGUCAGUCGUUGUGCACCUGUGCUUGUCGCCUGGAAUGAUUGUCUGCACUCACCGCGGUGGCGUGAUGCUUUCACAAAGCUUUCUGUUCCUUCCCCCUCUCACCCCUGCCCCUUUCCCUCUGCCCCUCUCUGGAGGGGGCAGGUGCCCCUCUGAGGCUCCAGCAGAUCCGCCUCUGCUCGCAGCAGCCUUGCAGGAGGUGGUCUCUGCUGCGUUCCCUGGUGUUGGCUUGGCUGUGGGCAGGCUGGUUGCAGAGCUGACAGGAGCGCCGGAGCCGGUGAAUGUGCGUGCAAGAUGGAGAUCUGUGCUUCAGCCCUGGGAUUUACCCUCCAGUCCUGCAGUCCUGCCUCAUGUGCUUCUCCCCUCCCAGCAAGGCACAUGGCUGUAUUUUUUUUUCCCUUCUUCCUUGCAUUUUCUUCCGUUUUCUCUCUAUUUCUCCCUUUCUUUCCCCCUCUCUC